UAAACACAUAAGAUUUUAGAGAGUUGUGUGCAAGCAGUGAGAAUCUAUCAGAGCUACAGAAGAAACAGCAGCCUUCAGAUUUUUACAUCACAGCUAGCCGUCCAUCAUGAAGCUGAAUAUUUUUCUUCUCCUGCUUCUCACUGCUAAUUUCAGCGGUGCUUCCAGGUUCAUGGGCAUCACUACUCCUAUGACCUGGUUUCAAGCUCAGGCUUACUGUCGAACACAUCACACAGACUUGGCCAGCUCUCUUAACAGUUCAGACCAAAACAUGUUAGUGCAGAUAAAGAAUAUCCAGGGUGAUUCGUGGUUUGGGCUCUACAGAGACACAUGGAAGUGGUCAGAUGGGACCAUCGCUACAUACCUCCCAUGGUAUCCUGGCCAACCUGAUAAUGCUGGAGGAAUUGAGAGUUGUGUAAUACUUCAUAACGGAAGGCUCCAUGAUGCAUCCUGCACCAACCUGUACGAUUUCUUCUGUCAUUCCUCUAUCUCUAUAAGGAGUCAGACAGUGAGACUGCAGGUGAAGUCUGAUGGCAGUGUGUUUGAUCCCACUGUGCAGUCAUCCAUUUUAGAACAGAUGAAGCAGAAACUGAAAGAAAAAGGCAUGUUGGAAAAUGCUACAGUGACCUGGAGGGUGCAGCCAGAUGGAAACAUCUUUCACAAGAUAAAAGAUGACCUGUAA